CUCGCCCUUGGUUACGCCGCAUGCUCCCGCCGCUGCUCAGCGUAUGGAGAGAUUUACAGAUACAGCGUCAGCGACGCGUAGCACGAUAGCACGAGACAAUGGUCAACCCGCUUCCUCCGCCUGCGAGCAAUGGUAGCGCUGUCGGUCUCAAGGAGGUAGGGAACAAAGCCUUCGCGGCUGGCAAUUUGCAGCAAGCAUACGAGCUAUACUCUGCUGCUUUGGAGCGAUGCCGUGGUGAGUCUUCACCGGAAGGGACCAACCUGAGAUCAACCGUCCUGACCAAUCGGGCGAUGGUCCUGUUCAAGCAAGGGAAGGCUGAAGCCUGCGUGUCGGACUGCACCAGGGCGUUGGAAGAUGAUCCCGGUCGAGUGAAGGCGUACUUCAGGAGGGCUCUUGCCCGGGAACAGCUGGGAGAGGACGGCGACGCGAUGAGAGACGCCAAGAGAGCGCUAGAGCUGGAGCCAGGCAAUAAGGAAGCCGUGCGGGCGGCGAGGAGGAUUAAGGACAAGGUCGCACAAGCCUCAAGGCUGAACACGCCCAUCCGACAGGCUCUUAAGGCCUUGCGCGAGGCGGCGGACAAGGUAAAGCAGCCGGAGGGCAAGUCGCAACCGCUACAGUCUCUGGCGUCGGCGACAGCAGCGCCGGCAUCAGGGGUUUCCACCGCGGAGGAGGCGGCAGCUUCGAAGGAGGAUGAGGACCAAAGCCAAGUGAUGCUGGCGCUGGGAGCUCUGCUGUCGAGCGAACCGGCCGCUGCUGUCCAGCUGCUGAAGGACGGCGGCAUGGUGCCGCUGAGGGCGUGCAUGAAGGCCGGUGGGGGAGGGUUUCCCAAGACCGCCAAGGAGGCACUCAGGGCGCUCGGGGCCGCGGCCCAGCACAAGGCCUUCGGGCUGGUGCUGUUGAAGACGCAAGGAACGGAGGUGCUGUCGGACCUUGGAGACAUCUUGGCGACAGAAGCGGAACGGAGUGCGAGCACGGCGGGCGCAGCAGUGGGGGGUAGGGAGGGGUCCGGGUUGUCGGCGGGGGCGCUCACGGCUGCCGUGCACCUGCUGCAGUGGGACCAGCGAGUGGUGACGGAUGAUCUGGCUGAGCUGAAAGAUGUGGACCGCGGCUCUGUGUAUGAAGCGGGGCAGGAGCUUGCCAGUGCUGCGGUUAGGGUGCUGGCACACGGCCUUACGAUGCCGGAUCGGGAGGUAUUCGACACGGCUUUGGAAGCCGCCGUGAGAUGGUGUGCUGCGGAACCAGACGAUGCGCAAGACCCUAAGGACUUUGCGGGCUUGCCAGCCAAAGAAGCUUACGAGAAGCGCCAGAAGGUGCAUCGACAAAGGGUCCGGGCUAGCCUUUGGCUCCGGGACAAGGCUUUGGCGCUGCUGUCGUCGUCUCCCGUCCUCGUCAGCUUGUACAAGGCGUUGAGCAGCGAGGAGGCCGUGGAGAGGAGGAAGGCAUCGGCGUGCAUCAGUCGCAUCGGGAGGGCCGUGACAGCCGUGCAGGCCAACGAGAAGGAGAGGGAGGCCGACUCCAACGCCAUCAAGGAGGCGGUCAAGCCGUUGCUGCACUUCCAGCCCGAGGCGGGGGGUGGCAGCGUCGCGGACAACUCCAAAGCGGACGGCGACGUGCUUGCCGCGAUAUCCAGCGAGUCCCGCAUGCAGGGAGCUAUUCGGAGGGUCACGACCGCCACCGCCCUGGCCAACGCCGAGGGGCCGCUGGGGGCCUGGGCCAUGAGCCUGCACGGCUUCCUGGCCGAGGCAAUGACCCUAGCGGCCUCGGGCGAUGAAGUCGCGCAGGAGGCGGCGGCGGAGUGUUUCUGCUCCGCGGCGUCGUUCGACGGGGGACGAGCCCUCCUCGGCCCCGUGGUGGAGAGCGGCAUCAUCUUCGCGCUCAUGGAGAGCAAGAGCCAGGCGGCCCGAUCAGCUGCUGCUAGGCAAGCCGCGUACGCCAAGCUCGGGAUGAUCUCGAGCGCCCUGUCGAGCGACUCGGACGACGUCACCAAGCUGCUCAACGUCUCCCUCGACCUCAUCACCGCCUCCAACUCGCCGCCGACCCACAGCAACAGCGACGCGCCGCCCUCCUCCUCCUCCUCCUCCGCUGCGAAACAAAAGCAAAAGAAAGACGCGCCAGGCUCCAAGCUAGGGGGACCAAAGUCCAAGCGGGCUGGCCUCGGGGGCAUAGACGGGUUGAAGGGGGGCGCGGCUAUCGCGGACAGUGAGCGCGCGGUGGAGGUGCUGAGUUUCCUCGUGUCCAAGACUAAGGUGAAGGAGGAGCUCUGCUACGGGUCCGCGAGGUGCCCCAAGGCGCUGUCCCGGCUGUGCAGGGCCGCCGAAAACGUCAGCGGGACGAGCCCGAUCGCCUACGGACUCGCCUUCCUUUUUUCCUCGCUGUGCGUGAGCAAGGAAGAAGAGGUGAAGGAGUCGUUCAAGGGAAAGGACAUGACCUACGAGCAGUACCAGCAGCUCAAGCAGCUCAACGACGCGCACGGCCAGGGCCCGAAGGAGGACGAGACCGACAUGAAGGACACAGCCGACGCCGCCAAGCGAAGGUCCCACGCUCUCGCGGAAGCGGGGUGCGUGGUCUCCCUCAAGAAGAUCGCCGAGGACGCGAGCCCGGCCACGAGGGAGCGCAUCGCCCUCUGCUUCCGCAGGCUGGCCACCGACCCCUCGAACCGAGGGCUGAUUGUGCAGCAGGGAGGGCUGAGCCUGCUGAUCAACAUGGCUUCGGUGCCGAAGGCGGCGGGCAAGGGCGAAGACGCCAAGAAGGAGCAGCAGCAGGAGGAGGAGAAAGGCAAGGGGUGCCGCAUCGAGGCGAGGCAUGCCAUCGCCAAGACGCUGGUCACGACGAAUCCUAACCUUCUCACCGAGGCACAGUGUAUGGGGUCGGUGCCUGCCCUCAUCACCAUGUGCAGGGACCACGAGUCUCUCAACCUGCAGCAGUUUGAAGGCCUGAUGGCGCUGACAAACCUGGCCAGCUUGGACAACGUCAAGAAUCGCAUCGUGGCAGAGAAGGGAAUCUCGUGCUUCCAGUACCUACAGUUCUCCGACCACGAGCUGGUUCGGCGAGCCGCAACGGAGGCGUUGUGUAACCUCCUGCCGCACCCCAAGAUGAUCGACCACCUCAGACUCGUCGACACGCUCAAGCUCUGGGCAGCGUUCGCUCAGCUGGGCGAGGAGGACCCCCCCACCGCUGCAGCAGCGCUCGGGUGCUUGGCCAUGGCUGUGAGGGAUCCUGAGGUGGCAAAGAACUUCAUGGCGGAAGGGGUGGCCGGCUGCGAAGCUCUGGUAUGCGGGCUCCUGUCAGUGGAGCCUGACAUACCGAACGCCAACGACCUCAUCCUCAGGGCCGCCGUCGCGACGUCCUACCUCGCCGAGGAGGCCAGCAUUAGGCCGAUGCUGCUGCUCGGAGGGGUAGCCGAUGCCCUGACCGAGGCCCUGCUAGUGGUUCGAGGUAAGGAAGGCAUGGCGUCCGCGAGGGCUGCGGAGGCGUGUGAGUACGCGCUCAAGGCACUCCAGCAGGAGUUUCAGGCGGUGCAGGAGAUGCAGCAACAUCAACUGCAGCAGAAGGAGAAGGAGAACCAAGCGCCCUCAUCUGCGCAGGGAUCGGACCUCUCCGAGCUGGAUUGAUAAGUUCGGAACGCGGGAUGAUUUUUGGCAAAUGAUGUUGGUUGUUUCUUCUUUGUGUCUUCAGAUGACGCGGAUCUUGUUUCGUGAGGAUGAGUGGACAACGGUGAUGCCCUCGUUUAUGCUUGUUUUUUUUUGUCAACCCCCUCCUCUCUUUCCCCUGUUGCAAGCUCGAUCCAGCGACUUGUGUCCGCCCACAAACCCAUACCUCAUACCAGAACUAGUUGUUGGGUCUGUUGGCGGAAAUGUUUGGACGGGUAUUGCUCAGCAUCGCCCCCGAUGCGUUUUAUGCUUCCAGCGCGGGCGUGCAACGAAUUGGCGUGGAAGAUGUUGAGGUUUUGUGUGAAAGUGAGCCUGGACCCUGAUGGCGAGAAUAGGCCUUCUUGUCGAGAACACAGCAGUAGUUCCUCGGCUUCUCCACUUUGGUAGGAAGGCCGUUGUUGCGAUCGUGCAGUUUAGCGUCCGAAUUAAACAGUCACCUCAGAAGCGGUGUUUCUUUUUUUUUGGUUCGGACAUGGUCGCCCCCUCCAGGGCUCUCGGCAGCGGAUCCAACCGCGCUGGGGUGCACGACCGAGGCCGUGCCAUGAAUUCGGCUCAGGUCUUGAUCUCGCCGGUGGACGGUUGAUUUCUGAGGGUGUUGGCAUCGCAGUGGACCUGCCUAUGGGAGGGAGUCGAAGUCUUGGUCUGCAAAUAUGCGGUUCGCCGCACGCGAAACAGCUACCGGAGUACAGCUGCCAACGACGGCGUUCGCGCGAACGGUCCCCGUUUUGCUGCUUGUCCGUGGCUGUUACCACCCGUCCGUCUAUCCGUUUUAACAAAGCAUAGCCCGACGGACGCGUGCUCUGCAGAAACGGCAACGGAUUUCCAAGGAUUGGUUUCUGGUCUGGAAUUCCAACCUAGGCAGAGAAAAACCUACACACCUCGCGUAGUGUUUUCAUUCACUCUUUUGGUCCACAUUUUGCUUUUUGUAUU